AUGGAGCAGCAAUCAAAUAGGGCGCAUCGCCCAGCAAAGGAGAAGAAGAAGUUUGAAGGGUCAAACCCGAAAGCUUUUGCGUAUUCCAAUCCCGGAAAACUCAGCAAGCAGGCCGCCCGAUCGCAAGAUGUGAGGGAAAAGAGGCUGCAUGUCCCUCAGGUUGAUCGCAUGCCCGAGGAGGCUCCUCCGACGGUAGUGGCAAUCGUCGGACCUUCAGGUGUCGGCAAGACAACUCUCCUCAAGUCCUUGAUUCGCCGCUAUACCAAGCAGACCCUGAGCUCGCCGCAAGGCCCGCUUACCGUCGUGACCACCAAGCGCAAGCGUCUCACGUUUUUGGAAUGUCCCUCCGAUUCCCUUGCAGCCAUGAUCGAUGUGGCCAAGAUCGCCGAUAUCGUCCUGCUGAUGAUCGAUGGAAACUACGGUUUCGAGAUGGAGACUAUGGAGUUUUUGAACGCUCUGUCCACAAGUGGUAUGCCCGGCAAUGUAUUCGGUAUCCUUACCCACCUCGAUCUUUUCAAGAAGCAGAGCACGCUGCGAAUGACCAAGAAGCGCCUGAAGCACCGUUUCUGGAGCGAGCUUUACCAGGGCGCAAAGCUCUUCUAUCUCUCGGGCGUGAUCAAUGGCCGCUAUCCCGACCGCGAAGUCCACAACCUUUCUCGGUUCUUGUCGGUCAUGAAGAACCCGCGCCCGCUUGUGUGGCGUAAUUCCCACCCUUAUGCUCUCGCAGAUCGCUUCUUGGAUAUCACUCCUCCUACUCAGAUUGAAGAGAAUCCCAAGUGCGACCGUACUGUUGCGCUGUAUGGCUACCUUCGAGGUACCAAUUUCCCAGCUCAGGGUGCACGAGUACACGUUCCCGGUGUUGGUGAUCUUACAGUCUCCGGUAUCGAGGGGCUUCCCGACCCCUGUCCGACUCCCUAUAUGGACCAGCAGGUCGCCAAAGCAAGUGGAAAGUCCCACAGGCGUAAGCUGGGCGAGAAGCAGAAACUGCUGUUUGCUCCUAUGUCUGAUGUUGGCGGUGUGCUGGUUGACAAGGAUGCGGUCUAUAUUGAUAUCAAGACCAACACCUUUGACCGUGACUCCGAUGAGGAGUCCGAUGGCGAGAACCGUGGAUUUGGGGAGAAACUCGUGGUUGGCCUGCAGGGUGAACGACGAUUGCUUGGUGAGGACGAUCAGGGCAUCCGUCUCUUCCGUGGCGGUGAAACAAUUGCACAGGGAGAGGAGGGUGAUGAAACUGGCCGGAAACACAAGCGCCAUGCCCGCAUUGCUGACGGCGAGCGUGUCACUGAGGUCGUAUCCGACGACGACGAUGGCCAGGAAAGUGAUGAGGAUGAGGAGGAUCUUGACGGCGAGCAGGGUGAAGAUGAUGAUGACCUUAGCGGCGAGGAGGAAGAUGAGGUCGACGUAUCCGCUCCGGCGGACUUUGAAACCAGCUUCAAGGAGCGUCAAAAUGGAAGCUCUCAUCGCGAGGAAGAAGAUGUUGCUUUCGCCGACAGCGAUUCUGACCUUGGCUCGAUCUCAUCGGUCGACGACCAGGACCUGGACAGCGACGAUGAGGACGACGAAGAAGAAGAAGAUGAAGAUGAUGAGGACGAGGAGGAUGAGGAGGGGAAUGCCCGGUGGAAGGAUAAUAUGUUGGCCAAAGCCAAGGCUCUCCAUGGAAAGCGGCCAGCAUUCCGGGUCAACGACUUGUCCCGCAUGAUCUACGACGAGUCAAUUACUCCCGUCGACGUUGUACAGCAGUGGCGUGGUGUCGGGGACGGAGACGAGGAAGACGAGUCUGACAUCGAAGCUGAAGAAGGCGAUGAUUUCUUCAAGAAGACCGACAAUGAGAAGCAAGAUCAAGCCGACUACCGAGCUGUUCCUGAGUACGACUAUGAGGAGCUGGAGCGGAAGUGGCGAGAUGAGGAGCUUAUUGAGUCUUUGAGACGCCGUUUUGUCACCGCUAAGCUCGGCGGUGGUGGCUCGGAUGAUGAGCUUGAAGAGGGAGAUCUCGACGACCUCGAUUCAGACGACGAGGGCGAUGGCGCUUUCGAAGAUUUGGAGACCGGCGAGGUCUUCGAUGGAUUCGAUGAUGACGAAGCCGAAGACGGAGAAGGUGACGAGGAUGAGGGCGAAGAGAAGGAAGCUGAAGGCCCUGUUGACAUUGAGGCUGAGCGAGAGCGCAAUGCCAAGAGGAAGGAAGAGCUCAAACUCCGCUUCGAAGAAGAAGAUCGUGAGGGUUUCGCAAACGCCAAAGAUGGCCAGCGGGACGGUCUCGAGGGUGAAUUCGGCGAAGACGACUGGUACGAUUUGCAGAAGGCGAAGAUGCAGAAGCAGCUUGACAUCAACCGCGCCGAGUUCGACAACCUCGACCCGGGCUCGCGUGCACGAGCUGAAGGUUACAAAGCCGGAACGUAUGCGCGGAUUGUUCUCGAAAAUGUGCCUUACGAGUUCGCCUCCAAGUUCAACCCUCGCUUCCCUGUCAUCGUUGGUGGUCUGGCUCCCACCGAGGACCGCUUCGGUUACGUGCAGAUACGUAUCAAGCGCCACCGCUGGCACAAAAAGAUUUUGAAGAGCAAUGAUCCUUUGAUCUUCUCGUUGGGCUGGCGUCGAUUCCAGUCGUUGCCUAUCUACAGCACCUCUGACAGUCGAACCCGGAACCGUAUGCUGAAGUAUACACCCGAGCAUAUGCACUGUUUCGGAGUCUUCUACGGUCCACUUGUGGCUCCCAAUACCGGUUUCUGCUGUGUCCAGUCCUUCUCGAACAAAAACCCGGGCUUCCGCAUUGCCGCGACCGGUGUCGUUUUGAGCGUGGACGAGCACACGGAGAUUGUUAAGAAGCUGAAGCUCACUGGUGUUCCUUACAAGAUUUUCAAGAACACCGCCUUCAUCAAAGACAUGUUCAACUCCUCUCUCGAGAUUGCCAAGUUCGAGGGUGCUUCCAUCAAAACAGUCUCGGGUAUCCGUGGUCAGAUCAAGAGAGCGCUGAGUAAACCUGAAGGCUACUACCGUGCGACAUUUGAGGACAAGAUCCUGAUGAGUGACAUCGUCUUCCUGCGCGCAUGGUACCCGAUCAAGCCCCAUCGCUUCUACAACCCAGUCACCAACCUGCUCGACCAAGAGGAGGGUGCCACAGCUGACAGUGGCUGGCAGGGAAUGCGGUUGACCGGUGAAGUUCGCCGCGACCAGGGUAUACCCACACCCAUGAACAAGGACUCGGCAUACCGCAAGAUUGAGCGACAAGAGCGUCACUUCAACCCUCUUCGUGUUCCGAAGCAGCUGGCUGCCGAACUCCCCUUCAAGUCGCAGAUCACCAAGAUGAAGAAGCACAAGGACAAGACGUACAUGCAGAAGCGUGCUGUUGUUCUGGGUGGCGAGGAGAAGAAGGCUCGCGAUCUCAUGCAGAAGCUGACUACCAUGCGCAACGAGAAGCAGGCCAAGCGUGCUGCUAAGCAGGAGGAGCGCCGCAAGGUCUACCGUGCCAAGGUGGCUGACAGUCUGGAGAAGAAGAAUGCUCGUGAGAGACGGGAGCGCGAUGAUUAUUGGCGGCGCGAGGGCAAGAAGCGCAAGAAUGAUGAUGAAUCCGGUGGUGGUGGUGGCGGCAAGAAGCGCAGGUGA